CGGCACUGUGAGUAACACAACCUGUGGAAUAAUCUGUUCUGUGCUUAUAGCAACAACCUACCUGAACCAGUGGAGCUCCGUGUGGGAACGAGGAUCCCCCGGCACUCAACUACCUACCUGAACCAGUGAGGCCCUGUGUGGGAACGAGGAUCCCCCAGGGCUGCGGACAUCAGUGGAGGGUGUGCCCUGGUCUGUCUGUGUUCGAUUCUGCCUCCAGGAGAAGCGGAGCGCGCCACGGGUUGUUGAGUCAGAGCCCCGGCCCCCAGUCUUUUCCCCAAGUGGCCCUGGAGGCAAAGAAGAGCCAUUAGUUUUAAAGUUCCCUUUUUCCCUUCCCCCUUUCCCCUUUUAAAUAUUUAAUAAAGUUUGUUUUAAUUAUAGUAUACUCGUCUGUCUGGUCAUUGGGGUGGUCUUGGGAAACUCCUCGAGGUGGAAGAGUUAAGAGGGGCGCGGCCCAGUAGCAUAUUCGGGUCCGCCCCCGGCUGUGACAGAUUUGGCGUAGUCGGCAGGGUUUCCACCUCGAGUUGAGCGACCAAGGUCCUCCAAUGGCCGACGACGAGUUGCCCGAAGCCCCGCCCCGUGUUGUGCCCGAAAGGCCGGAAACACCACCCCGUGUCAUGCCCGUAUUCCUGGGAAACCCCUGGGUGCAGAAGUAUACUGGGGUCGAGUCCGAGGUUCAUUUGACGGAGUGGAGAGCCCAAAUCGAGUAUCUGGCCGGCCUUCAAGGGCUGAGCGCCAGCCAACAACAGCAGUUUGUAUUAAACUCACUAGGAGGAGAGGCCCGGCGAGAAGUACAGGCCGCCCCCGAAGCCGUUCGAGUCACCGCCCAGACCAUCUUCCACUUCCUCACUGAGCAGUAUGGUGACACCACCCCUGUGGCCGUCCUGAGGGCGCAGUUCUUUAAUUGUAAGCAGGGCCCCCACCAGUCCAUUCGAGCCUUCGCCCUGAAGCUGCGUGAGCAGUAUACACGCCUACAGCGACGACGAGAUCAUGGGAUUGGAGAUGAGGAGACCCUGUUAAGGGACCAGUUCCUGUUAGGGCUACGAGAGGGCCCCCUACGACAAAAUCUCCGAGUGCAGUUUAGACGAGACCCUGAGCUCACGUUUGAGGACCUGAAAAAGGAGGCCGUGGCCUUGGAAGGCGACCAAGCGGAAGCCAAGGAGGCCCCCGUAUGUGCAGCAGUGAGUGGCCCGGCAGCAGCCUCGGAGGUAUCAGACUGGAAACAAACGUUGAAGAUGGAGCUCUUAAAAGACGUGCGAGAUCAGAUGGCCGAGCUAACCAAGGCCCUGGUAGGGGAACUGCGCCUAGGGCCGGGAAGGAGAGAAGAAGGGCCCGCCCCCCGAGAACGGACGUACUCUGAGCGAGGUCGGGAUGGGAUGAGGCGGCCCUGGCAGGCGAGUCGCCCUAGGUUUGAGUGGGACGAGCAAGGGAGGCCCAUUUGUAAUCGGUGUGGGACCGCCGGGCAUGUGAGUAGGCAGUGCGGACCACGAAGAGCCUCCGAGGGGGGUUUUUAAGACGACCGGCCACAGUGGGUCAUGUGGUCGGCGCCCCCCAAAGUGACCCCCAUAGAAGAAUGGAACCCAAGGACGGGAUGGUUGGGCUUAGCCCAAUAGUAGAGGCCCAGGUAUGUGGCACCACGGUGCGCUGUCUCGUCGACACUGGUUCUCAAGUGACUUUGUUUUCAGAAAGCUUGUCCCAUGAAUUAUUUGGAGCCCACCCCGCACACAAGGUUGAAGCGCCCUGGCUUACCCUGAAGGGGGCGAAUGGCUUAGAGAUCCCCUACAUCGGCUAUCGACUUACCGACUUUGAACUGUAUGGAGUACGAGUCCCGCAGAAGGGGGUCAUCAUUGUACAGGACCAUUGCCUUGGCCGGCAUCGAGCCCUCCUGGGUAUGAAUGUCCUCUCGGAGUGUUGGGAGGAGCUAUUUCGGGCUAGGCCCGUUCAGACAAUACCGAGGGCCGAGCGGCCAGGCUGGGAACGAGUAGCGGCCGACUGCAGGCGAGUGCAGCUGGCUAAGAACCAAGA